UGAUUUCUUAGUAUUUAAUUCAUGGUCGUCGUACGUAAUCUUGUACAUGCAAAAAUUCAGCUUUAGCAUGAAUACAUAUCGUUGAAUCGUUUAAAACGGUUAGGAGAAAAUGGUUCGAAACGUUUACAGUGCUUCCAAAUAAAAUACCUAAGAAAGGUCCUGUCAUAGAUGAGAGAGCUAGACUGACUAAAGUCGAAAACAGAUUUUUGACAACGAAAUAAAAAGAGGAUGUAUUGCCUACAGUGGCUGAUUCCGUUGUUGCUAAUACCAAAGCCAGUAAAUCCGACGUUACUGCAAACGCAUGCCAUGUUCGUGAUGCUCUAUCUAAUUGGAUUCUUCCUCGAACGAAAACCAUGCACUAUAUGUAGUGUAGCAUUUUUUGCCGCGGUUUUAUUAAUUUGUUACGGUGGCAUAGGUAAUUGUCUCCUCUGGAGCACAAAUUGUGAUACAGUGAGAUGCGAUAGUAGUUAAGAUUAUUCAAACAAUUGGUUCUAGAUUCUACACUUGUCAUUACUUUUAUAUUUCUUUUAAGUGAACAGAAAAUUCAAUUAUAUUUUAUGAUAUAACCCAGUAGUAAACUAGCAUACAUGCAUACACCUACUUCAGCAUUGUGCAUAUAUGAUUUUCAAUGUAGUUUUUAUGGGUCCUGUAAUUGAUACGCAUACAUGUUUAUAUAUGUACAUAUGCAGCUAGUAUGUGUACGUAUACACUCAUUUAUAGAUGUAUGUACACGUACGGAAUAUAAAAAUCUGCAAAAUUACUAUGCCAUAAUGGAGUUUACAUAGAGCUGAGGAACUUUUAUGUAGGAUUACAACAAUUCAAAAUUACAAUAUGGUUAAAGUGUAUAAUCUUUGUACAUAUAACUAAAUUUGAGUUUAAUUUAAGUGUAUUAGCUAAUCAUGUGUGGUGUAUACAACACUAUUUCUCAACCAGGA